AUCUCGUCGAUCUCGGAUUGACAGAUCAAGAUCUUGAGACUUUUUUUUAUCCGCAUUCGCUUCGUCACGAGCCUACUGGCAUCUUAUUAGGCCUUAGAGAUGUUCAUCCGGCACCAAAACACAAACUGAAAAUGUUCGUGUUCGUUAAUAUUUGCAACUUCCGAGGCUCGUCUUUCGUGCUUCUGUGGUCGCUCCUUUUGUCACUGACUGUGUCGAAAGCCGCUGUGAGCUAUGAUUUUGCGUUGCACUUUGUCGAUCUGGAUUUCGUAAUCGCUGGCUUUCCCCAAAGCGGCACCUCCUCGCUGGUCUACUACUUGCGGCAGCACCCUGAGAUCUUCGUCAGCGACGAAUUCGAGGACAACAUGUUUUGGCGCGCGAACUACACCGCCACCUCGUUUCACCGGUGGCGCAGAAAGUACUCCCACCGUGGCGAACCGAAGAAGAAGAGUCGGGCGACCAAAGUAGAGGUCGAUGCAGAUAAUUUUGUGGCAGGAGCUGGUGCGGCGCACAAGUACGAGGCACUACAGCAGGCACGUCUACAUCCAAGCUCCCAAUUAGAAGGUGAAAUAAAUACAGAAGAGAAGGCGUUUUUAUUCGCGGAGGAAGAUCAUGAUGCGCCUGUGUCGAAGUCGCAAGAAGGCCCUGACACUACAACCCCACCAGUAGUUCGGCUGCUUGGUCUGAAGGACCCGUUGCUGGGGUUUACACCCGAAGCGAUGAAGCUACUUGGGGAACGUGUGAAGCUCGGUUGCAAGAUCAUUUUUCUGAUCCGAGACCCGCUGGAGAUGCUGAUUUCUUGGCUGCAGGGCGGUGCGUCUUGGCUGACCCCGUGGAACACACUACUCCACCUGGGCGCCGGCUACUUCCUGGAGCACCUGGCCAUUGCGAAAGAGCUCUUCAAGAAGGGCCAGACGGUGUCCCUCGGCGCGCGAGAUGCUCUGGAGGAGCAGACCCGGAUUGAGCAAAAUUUCCUUUUCGUUCCCACUCACCAGCUACUCAAAAACACCGACGACGUUCUUGGAAAAAUCCUGCAGUUUCUCGGUUUGGACCCCGCCUUCAAGUUCGAUACCAGGAAGAAGUUGCACGUCGGUUACUCGACGAGGGCAGUCCACCAGCCAGCGCGGUUCUCGGAUGCUGCACAAGCGUCCAGAAAAAGAGCGACGGGACCGGAUAAGGGCGAAAAGAACCCCAACGACCCUUCUGUGACAUCUUGUACAUCUUCCUCUUCGCCCGCCGCCCUGACGAAGCAACCGUUUUUCCUGCCGCACCAGCUUGACGUUUGCGGCUUGAACGUUCUUCCCUUUCUGCAAGCCGCUUUCGAGGGACAGCAGGAACAGCUGACGACGCUGCUUGCCGACCAAACGCGAAAAAAUUCCAUCAGCUUCGAAAGACCGUACUUUGCACCUGACUCGCACGGGAUCCCAAAGCAGUGCUUGAAUCAUCAGAAAAGAAUAACUGGACGUGGACCCAGUUCAAGUUUCGGAGUAUCUUCACCUUCAUCUCCUCGUCGGACGCAGUACGGCUUCCUUGCGUUCAAUGCUGACAGGAGACCACGGCAGCAGACGCGACGGAGUAGAAAAAGACAGCGUUACAUUCCCCUGCGGUACGCGCUGCCCCAGUGUCGGGCGCCGCUCGCGAAUAUCGCGAUCGAACCUAUGAAGCACAUGGUGCUGCGGCCGUCCACCGAUGAGCUUCGGGAGCAUUCGCAUUCGCAUUACGACGUGGCACGACAAGCAGCUUCCCAGUUCAUUUCCGUCCCGUUUCUGUACGGGAAUGUGCCGCGAACGCGAAGACCCGACGUUUGCAACUCUUUAAAAGAGGUGCGCGAGUACAUCCCCUCUUCAAUCCUGGACCAGCUGGAUUGCCAUCUGCAACUCAGUGGUACUCGAGUUAUGAAGGGUAGCACAACUAGCGCGAUUUCUUUAGAUGAACAACACGGCGCAGGUGUUGAUCAUGAUGGAAGGAAGAAGCAUGAGGCUUCUGACCUCUGCAGUAAGUGUUGCAUUUUCUUCUCAGCCGAAUGCUGGGACGAUGAAAACGCGCCGAAACUCCCAAAAUGCUGCAUCCAGCGUCUGAGCAUGUAUCUUUCGGUCGUGUCAUAUCUCCUUCGGAUGGAGAUUUGUGGGCAAGAUAUGGGCUGUAGUGGCGUGCGGAAAAAUUUCGUGACCAUGGAAAAUUUGAAUUGAUUUUUGUACGGUAGUUCCUGCCGCCCGGGC